UCCAACAACCUUCCAAUCCAAACACUGUCCUGCUCUCGUCGUGGUGGAGAUGAAGAAUAUUUUGUUCAGUCAACCAUGGAAAAUUACCAUCGCUGCCCCUACCCCCAUCGCCAUCCUCUUCCAUAUCCAGAAUCCAACUAUCUUCCACCCUCACACGUAUAUAAUUCAUCUCAUUUAUUCUCAUCCACAGAUUCAAUCUCCACCCUCUGGUCGCCGUCGCCCCGUGCCAUUCGUUCCCCACACGGAGAUAGAUUUCUCUCUAUCUUGCCCUUUGCAGCUACACACCGCCUAUCCUUUAGUGACUGCUCUCUCAUCAGAUCAUAGCCCGUUGCAGUCUGCCCCUUGAUCGCCGUGGUUGCAUCCCAUGUCGGGACACAUCAAACAUAUGUUUUCCUCCAAUGCCUCUUGGCAUGGCUAUGGCCAGCCAGGCGUGCCAGUCCUGACAUCGAGAGUUUCUCUGAAGGUGCGUCUGUUACAUGGAAGUCUAGACGUCUGGAUCUUCGAAGCCAAGAACCUUACGAACAUGGAUGGGUUCUCUAACAAGAUAAACGACAUGUUUGGGAAAGUUCUGGUCAGCAGCAAGAUCGACAGCAGCUCGGGUCAUAAGAUAACAAGCGACACGAGCGACCCGUAUGUGUCGAUCUUGGUAUCAGGCGCUACAGUGGGCCAGACGUACGUUAUCGAGAACAACGAGAAUCCUGUUUGGAUGCAGCAUUUCUUAGUGCCAGUUGCGCAUUACACUGAGGAUGUGAAGUUCAUUAUCAAGGAUAAUGAUGUGUUGGGGUCCCAGCAUAUAGGGUUCGUUUCGAUCGCAGCAGAAGAGAUCUACUCAGGAGAGAAAAUCGAGGGAUCCUUUCCUGUCCUCAAUUCGGAUGGGAAGCCUUUAAAGAAAGAAGCAUCCUUGAAACUUUCGAUUCAGUAUAUCCCGACUGAGAAACAGGACAUGUAUCUUCAUGGAGUUGGGCCCGGUCCCGAUUAUUGUGGGGUACCGGGCGCGUAUUUCCCUCUGAGGAGAGGUGGGAGAGUUACUCUUUAUCAGGAUGCGCAUGUCCCCGAUGGGUGCCUUCCAGAUCUGGAGCUUGAUCGAGGAAUCCACUAUGAGCAUGGGAAGUGCUGGCGAGACAUCUUCAAUGCGAUAAAACAAGCCCAGCGUUUGAUUUACAUAACAGGGUGGUCCAUUUACCACAAGGUGACACUGGUCCGCGAUGGGGGUCCUGGCUCGGAUGUCACUUUGGGGGAUCUUCUUAAGGCCAAGUCGCAAGAAGGUGUGAGAGUUUUGCUUCUUGUGUGGGAUGAUCCAACUUCAAAGAAACUUUGGGUUCUUCAGACGGGUGGAAUAAUGGAAACCCAUGAUGAAGAGACUCGUCAGUUUUUCAAGCAUUCAUCGGUGCAAGUGUUGCUUUGUCCCCGAUUUGCGGGAAAGAAACACAGCGUGGCAAAACAACAGGAAGUUGGAGCAAUCUAUACCCAUCAUCAGAAAACUGUGAUUGUGGAUUCUGAUGCUGGUUAUAACAAGAGAAAAAUAAUAGCAUUUGUUGGAGGACUCGAUUUAUGCGAUGGACGGUAUGAUACCCCAAAGCAUCCUAUAUUUACGACUUUGCAAACGGUGCAUAAAGAUGACUAUCACAACCCUACCUUUCAGGGGCCGACUCUCGGUUGUCCUAGGGAACCAUGGCAUGAUCUUCAUUGCAAGAUUGAUGGCCCAACAGCAUAUGAUGUCCUCACCAACUUUGAGGAGCGGUGGGCUAAGGCUUCAAAACCACGUGGAAUUGAAAAACUGACGAGGUCAUCAUAUGAUGAUGCAUUGCUCAACAUUGACAGGAUUCCCGACAUCAUUGGGAUGGAUGAUGCUUCAUGCUCAAAUGAUGAUGAUCCAGAUACUUGGCAUGUGCAGGUUUUCCGUUCGAUUGAUUCAAAUUCAGUGAAAGGCUUCCCAAAGGACCCAAAAGAUGCCACUAGUAGGAAUUUGGUUUGCGGAAAAAAUGUAUUGAUUGAUAUGAGCAUUCAUUCAGCUUAUGUAAAGGCUAUCCGAGCAGCACAACAUUUCAUCUAUAUUGAGAAUCAAUACUUCCUUGGAUCAUCAUAUAAUUGGUCUUCAAACAACGACUUAGGUGCCAACAAUCUAAUACCAAUGGAAAUUGCUCUUAAAAUUGCUAGCAAAAUCAAAGCAAAUGAGAGAUUUUCGGCCUACAUAGUUAUUCCAAUGUGGCCUGAGGGUGCUCCUACAAAGGCUCCCCUACAGAGGAUUCUUUUCUGGCAGAAUAAAACAAUGCAAAUGAUGUAUGAUGUAGUUUAUAAGGCUCUAGAAGAGGCAGGUCUUGAGAAAACAUAUGAGCCACGAGAUUACUUGAAUUUCUUCUGCCUAGGCAACCGUGAGGUUGUGGAGGGAAACAAUGCUUCAAAUGGAAGUGCAACUGUUGCAAACACUCCUCAAGAACUUACUCAGAAGAAUCGACGCUUCAUGAUCUAUGUUCAUUCUAAAGGAAUGAUAGUGGAUGAUGAGUACGUGAUACUAGGAUCAGCUAACAUCAAUCAACGGUCCUUGGAAGGGACCAGAGACACUGAAAUUGCAAUGGGAGCAUACCAACCCCACCACACAUGGGCACAGAAACAGUCUAGGCCACAUGGGCAGAUCUAUGGCUAUAGGAUGUCACUGUGGGCAGAGCACAUCGGAGCUCUGGAGGAAUGUUUCACCUAUCCAGAGAGCCUCCAAUGCAUAAGACGGGUUAGAGAUCAUGGGGAACUGAACUGGCAACAAUUUGCAGCCGACGAGAUAACACAAAUGAAUGGACACCUCUUGAAAUACCCCAUUGACGUGGACCCAAAAGGCAAGGUGAGGCCUCUUGCUGGAUGUGAAUCUUUUCCAGAUGUGGGCGGGAAUGUAGCAGGCUCAUUUCUCAUUGUUCAGGAAAAUCUCACCAUAUGAUUGCACAAUGUUCGACUGUGGACCCCACUAUUUAGGAAGGUUAGACUAAAAACUAUGAUUGCAUUGUUGCCGAGGUUACACAAUUAGUGCCUUUGGUUGCAUACCAGUAUGAUGAUUGCAUCCAUGGCUUUUGUUAUCAUCUGUGCAUACACAAUUUUCCGUCCUAGUUUUGAGGACAAAUGAUGUUAGUUUUAAAUUGGAGUGUAUGGUCGUAGGAAUUAUUUGUGAAAAAUGGCCAGGUGCCUGAUUCAGAUUCA